AUGCUUUCAACCCAUCGCUGGUCGCCCACCAUAAACUCGGCCACCAGGUUCCAAUCAACGGAAGCAGGAGGUGCUGGGGCUAGGCCCUCUCUCUCCUCUUCCGUGGCCGCGGAUGCAGCAGGAGGUGGACUGGCUCUGCUUGGAGUCUAUGCCUUCUACCAUUUCCCCGAGGUCAAGGAGGCUCUCAACUUCCUCCGUUCCGCAGCCCAGUCCUACCUCAUCAUCAUCCCCGGGGCCCAUCCUCAUAUCAAGGCCGUGUUAGACACCAUCGACGAUCUCCAUAACUCUCACAGGGACGAGUUGAAUCGUAUCGUUGGGGAUGUCUACGACGAGGUUAACGUCAUCGUCAAGGACUCACCGAGCGUGGACAUGGGCACGGCCAUGAAGAUUCUUGAUGUGCUUUGCAAGCGUAGCGUCGAGCUCGAGGAGUUGGGGAAGAAAGCGGGGUCGGACGCGCUAAGCUCAUUGAGCUCGAAGUAUCCACAACUCAUGGGAAAGCUUGGAAGCGGGUACGCGGAGCUGAAGAAGUUGGCGAAGUCCAACCCAGAGGCGAAGAAGCUCUGCGGCGAGACAACGAAGGAGAUUCACGAAAUCUUCUCCGAGGGCUUCUCGCAGGAGAGCGUGAGCCGGGCCCAAGACUUGAUCCAGUCGAAGACCACGGAGAUCCGCAAGAUGGCCAAGUCGUAUUCAGAGCAAGCACCUCCCGAGGUCAAGCAAAUCCUUUCCGACAACGCCGACAACUUCAUCGCUUCCACGGCCAUGACUUUGGGGCAAGGUCGGGGAGGCCUGGAAGAAGUUUUCGGGAAGAUCAAAGACGCGGCCAACGGCGAUAUCACCAAGGACAAAGCGAAGAUGAGGGAGAUCGUCGAAUACGUCCGCGCGAAGGCUCAUGAGGCGGAGGAGCAGGGUGGAUGGCCGCCGGAGCGAGGGAGCGAGGGUCUUCGGACCUGGGUGCGACCGAUGCCAGGAGGUGAGGAUGCGUUGAAGCAUGUUCCGGGCGUGAAAGUCUUGGUGAAGCUAUCGUGUGAGCACGGGGAGGAUGCGAAGAAGUUGGCGAAGGAGACUUACGACGACCUGACGAAAGAUUUGAGCCAGAAGGCGAAGGAUGAUGUCAAGGAGCAUUGA